AUGGGCACUUCUUUGGAUUUAGUAGCGAGCUUCUCGCAUGAUUCUACACGUUUUGCAUUUCAAGCGAGUGUCGCCCAAAAGAACAAUGUGGAUAUCUACCCAUUGAAUGAAACCAAGGAUUAUGAGGUGAACAGUUCAUUGGUGAGCCAUAUCGACUAUGAAAUCAACGACAUGAAAGCUUCUGAUGUAAUUUAUUUUGGAUGGUGUAGUGAUUUGGUAGAUACGCAGUCAUUGAACAUGAAAAGGAAAAUAGAUGAUGAAGAAAAUAGUGAAUACAGUGGGCAAAGAUACGAAAAUUUUUUUGUUAACGGGUUUCCUGAUGGAAGAAUUGUUGUUUACUCUUCCAGUGGUAAAGACAUAGUCAAUAUUAUCAAAAGUAAAAAGGACAUUUUAGGCGCAGACACGGACAAGUCUAAUAUUUGGAUUUUAGACAGUGAUAAAGUAGUGAAAAAAUUACAAUACAAUGAUUCUAAACCUAUAAAGACUUUCACACUCGUUGAUGGUAAGGAAGAUGAAAUAAUUCAUUUUCAAAUUCUGCAUCAAAAUGGUAUUCUAUUGGUAUGCAUCAUUACUGAAAAAAUGGUUUAUAUUGUUGAUCCAUCAAAGAGAAGACCUUCCACGAAAUAUAAAUUUGAAUUUUCUAAUGCUGUGACAUGCGAAUUUUCUUCAGAUGGUAAGUUUUUGUUAAUUGCGGAUCUCGAAAAAUUAACAGUUUUCGACUUGACAAGCGAUGAAAAAGUAGUCCACUCAUGGUCAGUUCAGGUGAAAAAGAUAAGAAAUUUUGAUGAUAUGAUAAUGGCAUUGACCAUCGAUGGUAAGAUAUAUGUUUAUAAAAUUGGUGAAGCCGAUAAAGUUUGCUCUAUAAUUGUCAAUGAGAAUCUAGAAAUUAUAGAUUUCACGCCAACGAACAAUAAGCAACAAGUUUUAAUCUCGUGGCUUAAUGUCAACGAACCUAAUUUCGAAUCGCUUUCUUUGAAGGAAAUUCUCGGCAAGGAACUUAUUACAAUUAACGAAGAUAAGGAAGUUGAAUCUGUUGAAGCAGACCAAAAAGCGGUGCUUGAAGAAGAAGCCGUGCCAGAGGUGCAAGAUGAUAAAAAAAAAACCGAAAUCAAGACAAACAAGAAGGCCAGUAAGACAGAGCAGGCUGAAAUCGCACACAUCCUUUCAUCUCACCUAGAAUCUAAUUCAACAGAAAUCCUAGAUGACCUAAUGUCAGAUAGCUGGACAGAAUCUGAGGUUAAAAAAUUUAUUGUUACUAAGAUCAAUACAAUGGACCAUCUAAGCAAAGUAUUAUUGGCUAUAUCAGAACCAAUGACACAAAAUCCAUGGAAUGAACAAGAAUUGCUUCCGUUGUGGCUCAAAUGGAUGUUAACUUUGAAAAGUGGAGAGUUAAACUCUAUAAAGGAUAAACAUACAAAGAAAAUAUUAAAACAUUUAAAAUCAGCACUAAGAUCUUCAGAAGAAAUCCUGCCUGCGCUAUUGGGAAUACAAGGUAGAUUAGAAAUGUUAAGGAGGCAGGCAAAACUAAGGGAAGAUCUUGCACAGCUAACUAUGCAAGAUCAAGAAGUUGAAGAUGAAGAAAUAGAAGUUAUAGAGCAUUCAAAUGUAAUCAAUAAUCCUUCGCAGGUUCAAACGUCGCCUAUUGAAAAACUUGAACAAGAUUCAAUUGUUUACGCCAACGGAGAAAGUGACGAAUUCGUCGACGCAUCGGAAUAUAAAGACUGA